UUUCAUAUUAUGAAGCUGUAUGGACUAGUUGCUUCAACAUCUUGCUUGGGGAGGCGCACAAGUGGUUUUUGGGAAGACCUUUUUCUGUUCUGUGUAAUUCCGAACCGCUUCUGCGUUCCCCUUGCGCCGCACCCCUUCGCAAGUUUCAGCAUCGCCAGCAGCUGUGUAGGGAGCCCGAACCUCAACAUGCGGAAAAAGGUUUUUGGACGGCUGCUCUCUGGAGACGAAACCAUCGGGCACGCGCCAAGACCAAGUCAUUGUAGCGAAAGAGAUCAUGAUGACAUCGCUGCAGAGCCAGUACGUGAAGCAGCACUGGGUCUGGCUUGGGAGCUGGGACAAACUGUAGGAGCAUCACCAGAGCCAGCGUGUGAGCCGGGCCAUGUAACAGAUAAAUCUUUUCAAGUGCAACUGCUAAUUCGCCAUGAAGCAUCACAAGCAAAUGAAGAGAAAAUUCUGUCAACAAGUGCGACGCAAACAGAGCCUCAAGCUGUUUCUUCAGGUUCCUUGUCAUUUGCGUCCCUGGAGCAGUCUUCUUCUUUGGCGUCUGUGCGAGGUCGACUGCAUUCCUGCCAGCAGUGCACCUAUGUGACCCUGGACGAGUCAUCUAUGAACAGACACCUUCAGAAACACUUAGGGGAGCGCCCCUUACAGUGCCACUUGUGCCCAGCAGCAUUCACUCAAAACUCUAAGCUGGUGGCUCAUGUACGCACCCACACAGGAGAGCGCCCCUUUUCCUGUGUCCACUGCAAUGCAUCGUUUGCGAUGAAAAGCCACCUCAAUGAGCACAGGCGCACGCACACAGGAGAGCGUCCCUAUUCCUGUGCCCACUGCAAUGCAUCAUUUGUGAUGAAAAGCCACCUUGUUGAGCACAUGCGUAUUCACACAGGAGAGCGUCCCUUCAUCUGUGACCACUGUAGUGCAUCCUUCUUGCAGAAAAACCACCUUGUCAGACACAUCCGCACGCACACAGGAGAGCGCCCCUAUUCCUGUGUUCACUGCAAUGCAUCCUUUUCGAUGAAAGGCUACCUUGUUGAGCACAUGCGCACUCACACAGGAGAGCGUCCCUUCUCCUGUACCCACUGCAGUGCAUCUUUUGUGAUGAAAAGCUACCUCGUUGAGCACAUGCGCACUCACACAGGAGAGCGUCCCCACUCCUGCGUCCACUGCAAUGCAUCCUUUUUGCGGAAAAACCACCUCGUGAAACACAUUCGCAUGCACACAGGAGAGCGUCCCUUCUCCUGUGCCCACUGCAAUGCAUCUUUUACACGGAAACACCACCUGAUGGACCACAUAUACUGCCGUCAUGAUAAAAAGGAGCCUUAAAGGUGAGGGGCCUACAGGCUUCCCCUGUAGGGGAGGUGUGACCGGGAAUGCAGAGUUUGUUGACUACCCAGGUAGCACAAAAUGGAUAAUUGACGUUUUACCAACGUUUAUCCAAUACGAUAAAAACGUGUAGAAGACAUCACGGAAUAGAAGCUAAAAGUCUAGAAAACGUCGUAUAUCUCGUCUAAUGUCUGGCUAGAAUCUGUUUUUAACACCAUCUAGAAAACGUUUUAAAAAUGGCGCAGAAAAUCCUAUUCUGAAAAGGGAUUGCUGGAUACCUAAAAUAUCCCAUUGCAUUUUCUUUGAAAAGACGUUUUCAAGGUGUUUUUAAAACGUCAUGCAGGAUCUCUUUUUGCUGUUUUGUUUUUGUGCAUGCAAUUAGUGCAUGUUUAUAGAAAGCCGUCUCUGUUAUAGUAAUUACAGUUACUUUAUUCUGUAAUUGCUAUUACAAAGUGAGAGCUCGGUAGAUUCACAGACAAAAAUGGUCAUGUCGUAAUUUAUUAUGUAAUAGAGCAACAAUUUUUGUACAGCAUAGAAACGCCAAAACCGCAAAAGGAGAUAUAGCGUGCAACUAGCUAACAUUAUGCAGAAGCGGCAAUAGAACACAAAAUAUCGCUGUAGUUAAAAUGCAGCUGUAUAGUGUCCAACCUUCAAGAAUGCCACUUUUCAUUCACAAUUCAUCAUUAGCAAAAUUGUCAAACAACUAACAAUGCAAUAUGACAAAACUUAAGAUCUGGCGCAGCCAUUCUGCAAUAUGUAAGCGUCGUCUCAAUUAGCUCUCUGAAUGAAACACAAGGGUGAAGUGAGGAGAAAUUGUCGAAAAGGGUAUGUCACUGAAGCCAACGACUCGACAAGGGGACUAGUUUCCAUCAGUGCCCUGACGAAGACGAGCCUCCAUGUUGAAAACGUUCCAUCAAUGCUUCAUCUUCUGCUGAACUUUAUUCUUGUAAGAAGGAGAUAGAGAAGGAUAGAGGAUAAGCACGGAGGUUAACUAGCGUCCAGUUUGCUAAAGUAAAAGGGAGUAAAAAUAGAAACACAUUUCACAACACGAACACACAGAUGAGGUAUCACAGGCGGUCACUCAAUUCUGUUGCCUUGAGGUAUUGCAGGAGGGCUCGUGUGGUUUUCUGGGCUGACGUACGUGCUGUGAAGGCGGACUCCCAAGAUCUUUCCUUCAGUAAAGGCACGAAGUUCCUCAUCAAGUCUCCUGAAGGCACCCUGG